AUGGGUUUCUCCAAUGGUUUUGUUCUUUUGAUUACGGCUUGUGUUAAGUCUGUGUCCUUUGCUGUUACCCUAAAUGGAAAGGUAGGGGAGUAUUUCAAGCCUUCAAGAGGUUUGAGACAAGGGGACCCGAUCUCUCCCUACUUGUUCUUAUUUGUUUCAGAUGUCUUCUCCUCUCUUAUCAGAAGAGCUUGUGAAGCCAGAACUCUUCAGGGUAUCAAGCUUAGUGAGUAUGGUCCGACUUUGUCGCACCUAUUUUUUGCUGAUGACUCUCUUUUCUUCCUAUCGGCCACAUCUGCUAAUUGCUAUGAGAUUAUGCGUAUUAUUGAAGUGUAUUGUGUUGCCUCAGGUCAGCUUGUCAACCACAAUAAGUCAACUCUCUAUUGUACGCCUAACAUGUCUGAUGCUUGUGUUCAUGUACUCUGUGAAAUUCUGGGAAUACCUGCCACUAUCAAUCCUGGGCGAUACCUUGGUCUCCCUACCAUUUGGGGCAGAUCUAAAAAAGCUUCCCUCUCUUUUAUCAAAUCAAAGUUGGCUGAUAAGAUCCAAAACUGGAAACUUUGCACUUUAUCUAUGGCAGGGAGGGAAACCCUAAUCAAAGCGGUGGCUCAAGCUGUUCCUACUUUCCCCAUGCAUUGUUUCAAGUUUCCGAUCACUUUGUGCAAUGAACUAGAUGCUAUGAUGGCUAAUUUUUGGUGGGGCCAGCAUAAAGAUGAGCAUAAAAUUCAUUGGAAAAGUUGGGAUUUCCUUGGUCAGCCUAAAGACCGUGGUGGCAUGGGUUUUAGAAAUAUGAAGGAGUUUAACAUCUCCCUCCUAGCAAAGCAGGUUUGGAGACUACAUUCUGAGCCUACCUCUUUAUGUGCUCGAAUUCUAAAAGGAAUCUACUAUCCUAGUACCGAUAUCCUAAAUGCCGGAAAGGGAUCUCGUGCAUCGUGGGCGUGGAGCAGUCUUUUGGAUGGUAAAGAUCUAAUUGUUGAUGGGGCUAGAUGGCAGGUUGGGAAUGGGGAGCUCAUUAACAUUUGGGCUGACAAGUGGAUUCCUACCUCCACCAAUGGGUUCUUGUGCCCUAUGCUUCCUGUGAAUUGCUCUAGUCCCCACAUGGUGAAGGAUCUGACUGAUUGGGGUGCUAGAUGUUGGAAGCUGGAAAUGAUAAAUGAUCUAAUUUCAAAGGAUGAUCAAUCAGACAUUGAGUUGAUAGUCUUGGGUGACCAAUCUAUGUUAGAUAGAAUUAUUUGGCCUGAGACAAAGAGUGGCCAGUACUCUGUAAAGUCAGGUUAUCACUUUCUACAUUCCCAAGACUGCAAGCCUACUACGCAACAUGCUCAUUCAUCUCACAGGUUGAAUCAUAUUGUGUGGAAGACGGUUUGGUCUACUCAAACUACUCCUAAGAUUACUAAUUUCCUAUGGAGAAUCUUGGCUAAUGCUCUUCCAUCUUACCUAAAUCUUCACAAAAGGAAAAUAAUCCCUUCCCCCUUGUGCCCUGUGUGUGAUAUGUUUCCGGAGUCUAUUGAGCAUAUCUUUCUUCAGUGCCCGGGUGCAGUGUGUGCUUGGUUUGCUUCUGAUUUGUAUUACAAGAUCAACUUGUAA